ACACUGGGAACGAAACUAACAGGAGAUCUGACUGUAAGGGGAGGGGGCUCACGUUUUGAGCCCAGAAAAGAACUCAGGAUCUCACACUGCGCCAUUGGACUGCGGCACGCCUCGGUCUGCUUCUGCUGCAACAGGGAGAGGCCCUACUCCCGUGGCUCUCGCCCAGGUCUCCAUUGCCGCUGCCGCCUUAGAAGCUGCUGCUACAGCACCGCGGCUUGCGGCUUGCAGUCCCGCCCCGCCCUGAGCUGCCGCAGCGGUCGCCAGUGCCACCUCCGCAGCCCGGGCCUUCACCGUCGCCAGCCAAGCAUCCGUGAGUCAUUUUCUGCCCAUUUCUGGGUGCGCGGUCUCUGUGGUAGUCACCACCUUAAGAGGUUUGCGGGCUUGCAACAUGGCAGAAGCGGAUCUUAAAAUGAUCACGGAACCUGCCGCCCAGGGGGUUGCUGAAGAAGAGAUGGCUAGCUCAGCUAGUGAUUCUGGGGACGAAUCUGACAGCAGUAGCUCUAGCAGCAGCACUAGCCGCAGCAGCAGCAGCGGCAGCAGCAGCAGCAGCACUAGCAGCAGCAGCAGCGGCGGCAGCAGCAGCAGCAGCAGCAGCAGCAGCAGCAGCCACAGCCGCUUGUAUAGAAAGAAGCAGGUACCUGAGCCUUCCAGAAGGGCGCCGCGGGCUCCCUCAGGGACAAAUUUCGUGGAUAGGCUGCCCCAGGCAGUUAGAAAUCGUGUGCAGGCCCUCAAGAAUAUUCAAGAUGAAUGUGACAAGGUAGACGCCCUGUUCUUAAAGGCAAUUCAUGAUCUUGAAAGAAAAUAUGCUGAACUCAAUAAGCCUCUGUAUGAUAGGCGAUUUCAAAUCAUCAAUGCAGAAUAUGAGCCUACAGAAGAAGAAUGUGAGUGGAAUUCAGAGGAUGAGGAGUUCAGCAGUGAUGAGGAGGUGCAGGAUGACACUCCUAGUGAAAUGCCUCCCUUAGAGGGUGAGGAAGAAGAAGAAAUACCUAAAGAAAACUCUGAGGUGAAGGUUGAAGAAAAUGAAGUUCCUAAAGAAAUUCCUGAGGUAAAGGAUGAAGAAAAGGAAGUUCCUAAAGAAAGUCCUGAGGUAAAAGCUGAAGAAAAGGAACUUCCUAAAGAAAUUGUUGAUGUAAAGCCUGAAGAAAAGGAAGUUCCUAAAGAAAUUCCUGAAAUAAAGGGUGAAGAAGCAGAUUCUACAGAUUGUAUGGAAGCAACUCCUGAAGAAAAAGAAGAUCCUAAAGAAGCCCUCCAGGCAAAGGCAGAACAGGAAGAAAAACCUAAAGUAACAGAGCCAAAGGCAAGGUCUGCAGUAAGAGAGGCUCAUAAAAGAGUUCCUGAGACAAGGCCUAAAGAAAGAGUGAGUAUUAAAAGAGCUCGGAAGGGGAAACCUAAAAGAGAAGAUCCUAAAGGCAUUCCUGACUACUGGCUGACCGUUUUAAAGAAUGUUGACAAGCUUGGGCCUAUGAUUCAGAAGUAUGAUGAGCCCAUUCUGAAAUUCUUGUCUGAUGUUAGUCUGAAGUUCUCAAAACCUGGCCAGCCUAUAAGUUACACCUUUGAAUUCCAUUUCCUACCCAAUCCAUACUUCAGAAAUGAGUUGCUUAUGAAGACAUACAUAAUAAAGUCAAAACCAGAUCACAAUGAUCCCUUCUUCUCUUGGGGAUGGGAAAUUGAAGAUUGCAAAGGCUGCAAGAUAGAUUGGAGAAGAGGAAAAGAUGUUACUGUGACAACCACCCAUAGUCGUACAACUGCUACUGGAGAAAUUGAAAUUCAGCCAAGAGAGGUUCCUAAUGCAUCAUUCUUCAAUUUCUUUAGUCCUCCUGAGAUUCCUAAGAUUGGAAAGCUGGAACCACGAGAAGAUGCUAUCCUUGAUGAGGACUUUGAAAUUGGUCAAAUCUUACAUGAUAAUGUCAUUCUGAAGUCAAUCUAUUAUUAUACAGGAGAAGUCAAUGAUACCUACUAUCAAGAUGGCAGAGAUUACGUAAAUAGGAAAUACCGAAAAUAAAAAAGCUGGCUUAAAAAAAUUUUCAAGAAUCUUAAAAAUUCAAGCAAGCAGAAGUGAAGCAGGUUUAUGUAGCCUUGAAAUAAAUAAAAACCUGCCCUAUAACCUGAACACUAUUACUCUUAUAAAUGUCUUGUGUUUUCCUAUGUUCUUAGCCCAUUUAAAAAUUGUUCUAUAAAGUGUCUUAAGUAUUAGUUUAUUCUAUUGAGCCUGUUAUAGUGUAAUAUUCUUCAAAAUAUGUAAACUGUUGUUAGUUAUUUAAAGCAUGUUAGUUUGGUGCUACAGAAUGUUGAUUUUUGUGAAAUCCUUUUGUCAUGUUCCUCUUAGAUUGUAGCUGUGAAAACUGUCAGAAUUAUUAGAAAAAUAUUUGCUUGGAAAAAAAAGUUCCUGAAGUAACAAUGCAAGGGUUUUAUUGUUAUUUUUUCCUUUUUCCAGCCCGGAAGUCUAAGGGUUUAAAUCUGCUUGCACUAGCUGUGCCUUCAUUAAUUUGCUAUAGAAAUACACUACUUAUUGUUAACUAGAACAGUGCAUUGUGAAAUUUGACUGCUU